AUCUCCCAAGCGACGAACUGGCCAAGCCCAAAAUACAAAGGCCCAGAAAUCAAAAUCCCAAAUUUUUACUCCACAUCUCCACAUACCACAGUAAGGGCGUAGGGCGCAAGAGCCGUCGCAACGAUUAUCGCUAAUCCGACUAAUCGGAAAUAUCCCAACUCUUCAUCACUCGUCAGUCGGUGGUCCGGUGUGGCGGUAACUGCGGUCGGACGUCGGACGGUCGGAACACCGUGCACGGCUUAGCCUAAGGUAGUAGAGGCUUGCCCGCUUAUCAUUCUUGUCUCUCGUCCCAGGCCAUUUCUGCUCUUCGUUAAAUCUCCGAGAAAAAUGAGUCACUCUAGCAGGAGUUACAGAACUUUGUAUGUUGGCAAUCUACCUGGUGAUAUUCGCGAGCGUGAAGUCGAGGAUUUGUUUUACAAGUAUGGACCGAUUGCGCACAUUGAUAUGAAAAUUCCUCCCAGACCUCCUGGUUAUGCUUUUGUCGAGUUCAAGGAUGCUCAAGAUGCUGAAGAUGCUAUUCGUGGUCGCGAUGGCUAUGAUUUUGAUGGACACCGAUUGCGGGUUGAGCUGGCUCAUGGUGGCCGUGGCCAGUCAUCUACAAAUGAUCGCCACAGUAACUAUAAAAGUGGCCGUGGUCCACAGGGGGGAGUGUCAAGGCGUUCUGAUUAUCGAGUGAUGAUUACUGGAUUGCCCAAAUCUGCUUCAUGGCAAGAUCUUAAGGAUCACAUGCGUCGAGCUGGGGAUGUUUGUUUCUCCCAAGUAUUUCGUGAGGGAAGUGGAAUGUCUGGAGUUGUAGAUUACACAAAUUAUGAUGAUAUGAAGCAUGCUAUAAAAAAACUUGAUGCGUCUGAGUUUAGAAAUGCAUACUCAAGUGCAGUAAUAUGUGUUAAGGAAUAUGAAUCAGGACGUUCGAGAAGCCUAAGUCGAAGCCGCAGUCCUUCUUAUUCAAGAGGAAAGAGUGGCGGUCACAGCCGCAAUCGACGCCGAAGUGACAGUCGUAGCAGGAGCAGAAGCAAUUCUCCUAAAGCCAAGCCUUCUCGACGUUCAAGUUCUCAUUCAAAGUCCGCAUCCCGGUCCCGCUCUAGAUCAAAAGGCCGCUCUAUGUCUAGAUCUCUAUCAAGGUCCAGGUCUCCAUUGCCAUCUUCGAAGAAAGAUGUCAACGAAAGCCCAAAGAAGCACAGCCCCACUAGGAGCCCUGUCCGCAGUCGCAGCCGGAGUUCAUCCAGGUAAAACAAGGGGUGAUGCAUCUGAUGCGAAUGUAUGGCUCCCCUGUACUAUUGGACUUGUGUCACUGAACUAGACCAAUGAGAUCUCGUAUAAUCUUUUUUGCCCAAUGUUUUAGCUUGAACAAUUUUAUGGCGUUGGGCCUGAUUGCGCACGUGUAUUUUUGUUAAGAAUUGCGAACCAUCUCAUUUGAUUACUCUCAAAUGCUUUCUUGAUGCAUGAUGUGCCUUGAUUGUUUUUAAAGCGAGAUUUAUCUUUUU